AUGCAUAAUGAUACGUCAGUAAAUAGUGAGACAAAAAAACCUGAAGUUAUACACUUUUACAAUUCCACAAAAGGAGGCGUGGACACUGUCGACCAAAUGUGUGGGAAUUAUUCAGUUUCUAGGAGAACACGCAGAUGGCCAUUAUCAAUAUUUUUUCAACUUCUCAACAUUGCAGGUAUAAAUGCAAAUAUUCUAUAUAACAAUACACAAAUAGAAAAAAAACAUAAGAAUAGGAGGUCAUUUCUAAAAUCACUUUCAAUGAAUUUGAUGAAUAACCACUUGAGUGAAAGAUCACAGAUGGCAAAUCUCCCUACUGACAUAAAACAUUUUUUAUCAAAAUAUGAAACAAAAGAAGUGGACGUUCAAGAACCUCCGACAAAAAUACGAAGUCGGUGUUAUUUGUGUGGAAGAGCCAAAAAUAGGGUGACAACAAUAAAAUGUUCUUCAUGUCAGAAGUUUACAUGUAAAGAGCACGUAAAAGCUGUUGUCAGAUGUGAAAGAUGUAUAAUAAGUCAGGAUAGUGAGUAA